AGGGUGGAAACUGAGUAACUCGUGGGUCGGGAUAAAGGCGGUUUGAUAGGGAAAGGGAAGGCUGUGCGCAUAAGCGAAGCAAAGCGAGGAAUCCGUUCACCAAGGGCAGGCAGGUGCUCAGCCCUCUCCAGGAGAGCUGCGCCCCUUCUCGCACAGCAGAGGAGACAGAGCAUCACUUCAAACCCAUCUUCCUCCUCUCCCCCCCCCUUUAUAAAUUCAGCAUGAUGUCAUAUGGUCUGGAGUAUCCCCUUGGCCAGUUUGGGUCGUCUGCACCAGCUGUGUCUCUUCCCUGCUGUGUUCAGCACAAAUCCAAAGCACAGCCCCUGGGAAGAAAAUUAACUCUGCCCCAGCCAAAACCAGCACAGCAUCCCAUGGUGAUGUGUGUGUUUGCUGUAGGGGCAUUGUUAAAGUGAUAUGCACUAACAAAUUUAAGGUAGGUGGAAAUACUGCCCAGCUGAGGCUUAAUUUAUUGAGAAUAACUUUCCUGAGGUGAUUACUCAUCAUGUUCUUAUCUAUGCAGGCAAAAUAUCUGAGGCCUCUGGCAAGGUAAAUCCAGGCAAAUGAAAAUUUGAUAGUGAAAAUAAUCUACUGGUUGCUUGAAUAUGACUGAUUGGUAGAUAACACUGAAAAUUCUGAGAACAUAUUUUGCUGACAUGACAUACCUGUAAAACUGCCCAUGUUGGAAUGUGUAUUUAUUGCUUUACCUAUAGUAGUUCCACUUUGUUUUUUCAAACAGGUGCACUGUUUCAAAUAUUUGUUUCAGAGUAAUUCCCAGCAUCUGCUGUUCUUCUAGGCUGAUCAAUUUCAAAAUGUUGUCUCGGUACCUCUGCCAAGUUCACAAGUGUUUGUUUCUGCACGGCUUGAGACUGAAUUCGGUAAGCCUGGCUGGUUUGGCCAGGAGGAUCCACGCUACGCCAAAAAAGCUUUCUGACUGCGAGCUAAAGGAACAAACAGUCCAGAAAUGCGAAACUGAAGAGUUGCCUCGAAGUACCGAAAACGAUAACUUGGGAAGAUUGCACGUGCCAGUGAUGGUGGAGGAGGUUCUUAGUUGUUUAUCCCCCCAGCCAGGUCAGCGUUUCCUCGACAUGACGUUUGGAGCCGGGGGUCACACGAGAGCUCUUCUGGAGGAGGCCGACGACAUCACCGUGUAUGCCCUGGACAGGGAUCCCACGGCUUACAAAAUAGCUCAGCAGCUUUCAGAAUCCCACCCAAAACAGAUCCAACCUCUUCUAGGACGGUUCAGCGAGGCAGAGGCUUUGUUAAUCUCAUCUGGGGUUGAGCCAGGGACUCUGGAUGGAGUUCUGCUGGAUGCUGGCUGUUCUUCCAUGCAAUUUGAUACACCUGAAAGAGGCUUUUCCCUGCAGAAGGAUGGACCUUUGGACAUGAGGAUGGAUAGUGACAGGUGCCCUGCCGUGCCCACCGCCGCCGACGUGGUGAACGCUCUGGAUCAACAGGCGCUCGCGUCCAUCCUCAGGGCCUACGGGGAGGAGAGGCACGCCAAGAAAAUCGCCUCGGCCAUCGUCCAGGCGCGCAGCGUGUACCCCAUCACCAGGACUCAGCAGCUUGCGGGCAUCGUGGCAGGUGCUUUUCCUCCAUCAGCCCUGUAUGCACGGAAGGAUUUGCUUCAGAGACCUGCCCAUGUUGCUACCAAAACUUUCCAAGGCCUGCGAAUAUUUGUCAAUGAUGAGCUCCAUGAGCUCUUCAUAGGACUGAAGACAGCUGAGAAGUUUCUAAAACCCGGAGGUCGCCUUGUAGCCCUCUCCUUUCAUUCACUAGAAGAUCGUAUUGUCAAACGUUUUCUUCACGGGAUAGACAUGGCAGAAAAGUACAAUCUCAGCUCAAGGCAGAAGAUAAGACAGGCUCUGAAAAACUCCUCCAAAAAAGAAGAUGCACAAGAAUCUCCCCAUGGAAAAUCCAGCUCCAGGUGGAUUUUUAUACAGAAAAAAGUUCUCACACCCCAGUCCAAGGAUAUUGAAACAAACCCAAGAGGAAGGUCGGCCAAGCUAAGAGCUGCUAUUAAAAUCUAAAACAAAAUAUAUGAUUAGAUAAUUGUAUAAUUUCCUUUAAUUUUGUUUUCCAGAAGGCUACCUGGACAGGUAGUAUCAAACUGAAAAAAUAAAAUGAAGGCUGUUAGAAAA